UCGAAUCAUCAUCGAAGGGUUACCCAUGACGACAGCGGCGGGACAAUGCUGCGAUCAUAGUAGCCACUUGCGUUCUUUUCGCCAACCAUGGUCAUACACUCGCAACACUUGCAUUUUCCAACGACCAACCGGAGGUGUUAGUUCACUGUUAGGACCUGCCAAGUACAGUUUUGUUCGUGAUUUGAUAGUGAUUUUGUGUGGUUUGUGCCGAUAGUACGUAGCGAUGGACAACAAGGCGGCCUUAAAGCGGGUGGGCGACCGGUUGCGCGCAACUCGCAAAGCGAACCUUGCAUUUCUGGAAGUUUGCGGCGACUACCUGUGGCACGGAUCGGACGACUACUGGCCGGUGGAUGUGCCGUACGAAAUCGGUGUUGAUGAUGCAGUGAAGCCGGAAGUGUUCGACUCGUUCGCCGAUUUUCUGGCAGCGCAAGAAAACACGAAGGUGCCGGUGGACUUCUUGGAGGAGUUUGUACUGUGCGAAAGGGCGCUCGCCGUUAUGAACGACUUCGACGCAAUGGAGUACAACCUAAGGCCGACGAUCCAGCGGGCCGGCGAGCAGCCGGAACUGCUGCAGGGCAACGAGCGGGGCCAGUUUGUGCGAGUGGCCCGCGUGCUGCGGGAAGUUUGCCACCGUCGGCAGCUAUUCGAGCAGCUGCGCUACGAACUGAUGGAGCUAUACAUUAUGAUGAAUAAUGACCCAGCAUCCACCGACGACGAUUCGGAUGAUGACGGCGAUGUCGGUGCGGCAGUGGGGCGGGCCGUGCAGUUCGCCUUGAAUGUCCAUUCCCCCGUCAAAGGGAAGAAAAGAUUGUGGCUCCGUACGCUGAAUUUAAAGAUAACGUCACUCGUGCAGGAUGUGGACUAUUUGACAAAUUUGCUGGCGUUAAUGGAGACGGGAAAGGGAACGCCCCAUUUCUCGGCCUUCUCCUUUUCGUCUAGUCCAACUUCGCGCAAAGAGGCGAGGAAAACAGUUCGACACAGUGUUGCAAAACGGAUAAAGUUGGAGGAACAGAACAUGAACCCGGUCGGCACUGCGUAGGCGAAGGGCGUUACUUGUUACAUAUUAUAUAGAGCAUUAUGUUAUUCAUUAUUCUAACUCGUUCAUAACUUCGUUAUGAUGCGUUGCCAGCAUGCCUUAACCCAACAUUGUAGAACGACGCGGGUCUAGAUUUUAACAGAUUUUCCAUUUUAAUAAACUUCGGACACGUUACAUAAAUAAA